UAGUAUUUUCAGCUCAGUGUCUAAAUAAUGGUUGUGUUUAAACUUCUUGUGGUAUAUGCAGUAUCCAUGGACAAUGUGCGAUCAUCAUGUUUGAUGUUACUGCUCGGUUGACUUACAAGAACGUUCCUACAUGGCAUAGGGAUCUUUGCCGUGUCUGUGAGAAUAUCCCAAUUGUUCUAUGUGGAAACAAGGUCGAUGUGAAGAACAGGCAGGUGAAGGCAAAGCAAGUUACAUUCCACAGGAAGAAGAAUCUUCAGUACUAUGAGAUCUCUGCUAAGAGCAACUAUAAUUUUGAGAAGCCUUUCCUGUAUCUUGCCCGAAAGCUUGCAGGGGAUAGUAAUCUCCACUUUGUUGAGUCUCCUGCUUUGGCUCCUCCUGAAGUGCAGAUUGACUUGGCUGCACAGCAACAGCAUGAAGCUGAGCUUGCUGCUGCUGCAGCUCAACCUCUUCCUGAUGACGAUGAUGAUGCCUUCGAGUAAACCGGUUGAAACAAUGUAGAGAGUUUUCCAGUAUUCUCAUAUUUUUCAUAACCUUAUCUUUCCCUCUGUUAUAUGGAUUAUUGAAUUGGUUUCCAAAAUUUUCCGCAAAUACAUGAAGUAUUUGGUUAUGAGGAAUUUUUUUUUUCUUUCCGCGAUGCUGAGUGCUGAGAGUAAUGGAUGUUAACUAGAGGAUUUUUUUUUUUGGGUAUUGACCAUUAUUGAAUCUAUGCUUGUAGGUAUUUGUGAAUUUCAAGAUUUAUGUUAAUUUUA